UUUAUAAACCGUGCAAAACUAACACGGGAAUCUGUCCGUCCAUACAAAAGUAGGGAGAGGAGCCAAAACAGAACAUUUCUUUGCCAGCAUGAUAGAAGAAGCGAUGGAAAUCUACGGAGAGCAGAAACUCCAAAGAAAGCACUCCAUCUAUCAUUCUCUGGACGAGAAGUUCGAGAUUCGGACAGAGAGGUACAAAGGGCAGCAAUACAGUCAGAUUUACUUUGCUCGCCUCCACAAUAUGAGAAAUCUCCUCUAUGCUCUCAUCCCCAAAUGGAAGCCCCAUUUGCCCGUAAAUACAGUUUUGGGACUUGAACAAGGCAAAGAAUGCAUUAUAGUUGGGACUUUGUACAAGCAUAUGAAGCUCAAGCCUUCCAUUCUAGAUGAAUACUCCAAGGAGAGAUCUGCAGUCCCUCUUGUUCAUCCUCACAAUUUCAUGCAUCCUGAUGAUCACCUUAUUUUAGAAGAUGAGAGUGGAAGAGUUAAACUUGCAGGUGAUGUGCUUGCCCCAUCUGCAUUUGUCACAGGUAUUGUAGUGGCUCUUCAUGGAAAAGAAACUGGUGAUGGUGACUUUUUGGUUCAAGAUAUUCUGGAAGCCAGUUUGCCACCCCAGAUACCGCUGGCACUGGGGUCAAAAGACGACAAGUAUGUGGUUUUUGUGUCAGGACUCGGUGUUGGGAACAGCAAGUCUAACCCUCUGCAAUUCCAGCUUCUUGUAGACCAUAUUACAGGACAUUUGGGUGAUGAGAAGGAGCAAGCUAUUGCAUCACAAAUAGUUCGUGUCAUUAUUGCUGGAAACUCUGUUGAAAUUCCAGUUGGAUUUCUGACUGGCCAGAGCCUGGCUUCGAAGGAUCAGUCCAAACUGUUUGAACCAAUCAAAGAGCUUGAUAUUUCAUUAAUACAGCUUGCAGCAGCUAUGCCUGUGGAUAUCAUGCCAGGGCCUUGUGACCCAGCUAACUUCUCCUUACCUCAACAGCCUUUGCAUAAAUGCCUUUUCCCUGGAACAUCUGUUUAUAACACUUUCAUGUCAUGUACAAACCCCCAUUCGUUUGAGCUUGAUGAUGUUCGAUUUCUUGGAACAUCUGGUCAAAACAUUGAUGAUCUUGAGAAAUAUUCCGAUGCAAAAGACAAACUUGAUUUUAUGGAGAGGACUUUAAGGUGGAGGCAUCUGGCACCAACAGCACCCAACACCCUUGGGUGUUAUCCGUUCUCGGAGAAGGAUCCUUUCCUUAUUGAAAGCUGUCCCCAUGUUUACUUUAUUGGCAAUCAGAAAAAAUAUGAAACACGCUUGUUACAGGGAUCAGAGAGGCAGUUGGUGAGACUCAUCUGCAUUCCUAGAUUUUGUGAGACUGGAGUUGCUGUUGUGCUGAACAUAAGGAAUCUUGAAUGCCACACUCUCAGUUUCUCAACAGACUUGGACUUGCAAUGGUAAGGUAUGAAAUAUUAAUUAGUAUCUAAUGAUGUAGACAAGCUAAUUAGCCUACCAUGAUCCACCCCCACCCCCUUCUCUGGUUGGUUUGCUGGAUUAUACCGAGGAAUGAGCAAAGAAUCUGCAAGAGGAAGGUUUAGCAUCCUAAUGUUUUUGUACUAAUGUCAAUACAAUAUAAUGUAUACUUCAAAACUGUAUCAAGGGAUUGUACUAUACCUCCGUUGCCAUUCUUGAA